CAACUGACCAUAACGAUGACCGCUGUUAGUGUUAGUGUCACGACUGCGUUUCUCAGCGGUUUUCGAGGUUGUUUUUUUUUUUCCGCCUUCUCUCAGGAUGACAUCACUGUGACGCAGCAGAGGAAGCCACAGGUGGAACAGACACAGAGAGAGAUGUACACCUAUGAGGAGUACAAAGAGACAGCGGACUGGCUGCUGUCCCACGUAGAACAACGUCCUAAGGUGGCCAUCAUCUGUGGUUCUGGGCUGGGGGGUCUGGCAGACCUGCUGGACAACAAGACGGUCUUCCCUUAUGAGAAGAUCCCACGAUUCCCCACCACCACCGUACCAGGUCAUGCUGGUCAGCUGGUGUUCGGGAGGCUGCAGGGUCAGGAGGUCGUGUGUAUGCAGGGACGCUUCCACUUCUACGAGGGCUACGACAUACAGACGGUGACCUACCCGGUCAGAGUGUUCUCUCUUCUGGGCGUGAAAACCCUGAUUGUGACAAAUGCUGCGGGGGGGCUCAACGGCACCUUCAAUGUCGGAGACAUCAUGUUCAUCAAAGACCACAUCAAUCUGCCGGGCUUGGUGGGACAGAACCCUCUGUGUGGUCACAACGACAAGAGGUUUGGGGUUCGCUUCCUGUGCACGUCUGACGCCUACGACCGCGAUUUGAGAGCCGUGGCCAAACAGACGGCUCAGGAGCAGGGCUGCGGCCACAUCCUGCGGGAGGGGGUCUACUGCAUGGUGACUGGGCCGACGUACGAGACCGUCGCUGAGUGCAGACUGCUGCAGACCCUCGGAGCUGACGCUGUUGGAAUGAGCACAGUGCCAGAGGUGGUGGUGGCCCGUCACUGCGGCCUACGUGUCCUGGGUCUGUCGCUCAUCACCAACAAGGUGGUGACGGACUACGACAGCGACAUGACUGCCAACCACGAAGAUGUCCUGGAGACCACCAGGAUCUGCGCCCAGCUGCUGCAGGAGCUGGUCAGCAGCCUCAUCGGAAAGAUCUAGAACAAAUUACUGGUCGUUGGCACCAACACAAAAACGUGAUGGUGGUUUUUAAAAAAAAAAAAAUUAGAAAGAGUUCUAGCUGUUAGAAAUACCCAGCAUUGGAUUUUUAACAUGGAUUUUUACAGUGAUAUUUUUACAAAGAGCACAAAGAGAUUUUUAUGAAAUUAAAUUAGUUAAAUUAGUUCAGUUAAAUUAAUUUGAUCUAGAAUGUUGUGUUCACUAUGCACUACUGACGACCUUAUCACUUUAUCAGUACAAAGGAGGAAGUAAAGGGGGGGGGGGGUAAAUUUGUGUUUUCAAUCUCCACCGUCGACACCAAAGCCGCUGCCAGGUUCCCUUGAAUUCAUUAGAGUUGGAAAUAGAACAGGAAAUAUCCUGGAUCAGCACUCCUCCGCCUCCUGGACCGCUUUGUACCGGGCUUAGCAUUAAGAUGCUAAUGGGAGUGUUGAGAGGGAAUUCCACUCUGAGUGAAGACGGCCAUCAUCCAAAUGUAAAACCUGGAGCAGGGCCAUGCACGUUGAACAGAAGAAACGCUGUGAUUUACACACACACACACACACACACGCUGGGAGUCCGUUCAAAAGUGCUUCAUAUCUGAGGGUAUAAUUCUACCGAGCUUCCAUUCUCUUCCUGUGUGGGACAUAAAGAGCAGAUUUUUAGCAUUUAUUGGACUCUUCAGAUUUCUGCUGACUGUAACAUCUGCUGCUGAGUCACAGCCAAUGUUUCCACGUCUGACGUGGAGUUUCACCUUCAUCGUCAGUUCACUCUCCAGACAAAUGUUGAAUAAAGAAGUUUCAAAACAAACACUCUCAGGGUGACGUGAGGACACGAGGACGAGAGAGAGAGAGAGAGAGAGGACCGGGUUCUAUCCACAGUCACGUACAUAACAAACACCAGAAAGUGUUUUCUAUAUAAUUGAAUUAUUACAUAAACAAUAUUAAUAUGUUUAUUGUUUUAUAAAAUGCACUUUCAUCUUGACAAUAAUUAGAUUGGAUUUCAAAAUAAAAUACCACGCAGGCUAACGUAUACAUGGAAAAAAAGAAAAAUCUGUGCAUCAUAGUACAAAAUGAUCCAUGGCCCAGUAUUGGUCCGUGCCCCAGUAGUUGGGGACCCAUGCAUUUGAAGGUGCUGUUGUUAGGAUCAGGUUUUCUGUCUCAUAAUAAUAAUGAGAAUUAAUAAUAGACAAUGGAGGUCAUUUGGCUGAUUAGACUUAGCUUAGCUUAGCUUAGCAUACCGUAGCAUGAUUUAGUUUGAAGAAAAUAUGGAUAACUUCUGAAAUAUUCCACAGUUUGUCCUGCGACUGAAGACUCAUUCAUGGUUGUUCUUUUAUUUUGUAUUUAAUAUAAAAAUCAAUAAGUAGAACUGAUCACCUCGGACUGACGUGAAAACCUCUAACUGUAACCAGAACCACAGCUCUCUGUUCACACUUUUAUUUUGACGCGCUGACGGUGACGUUGUUAAAACAUCAAAUAAAGCCAGAAAGUAAUAAAA